AGCGGAGGCGCAGCUAAUUCAGAGAGUUUUGGAGAGAAGCUGGACUGUUUUUUUCCUCUCGUGAUUUACCGAAAAGUUUACAGCCAUCAUGAAUGAUUUCAAACUUUUUUUCUUCACUCCGCGUCAAUCGGAUCACGUUAUGCACGCCAUGGUAGCGUCGCUUUAACGUGAAUAUGGAUUUGAUAAGGCGAAAAAGUUGAAACUUUUUCCCCUUCUACGGAUCGCGCACAAUGGAGUGGAGACGCUCGUGGCCCGUGUUCUGCCUCGCGCUCUCCCUCACCAUGCGCCUCUCGAGCGCGUCCGGUGAGCUCCGCUAUUCGAUGCCGGAGGAGCAGAAACCGGGGUCCGUCGUUGGGAAUAUCGCGAGGGAUUUGGGUCUCAGCGCUCAGAGGAUUACAGAGAGAAACCUACGUGUCAUGUCGGAAUCUAACGAGCAAUAUUUCGAGGUGAAUCCAUCUAACGGUGCCUUAGUAAUUAGAGAGACUAUUGAUAGGGAGCGCAUAUGCGCGUUAACUUCGACAUGUUCAAUGCUCCUUCAAAUCCUCCUUCAAAACCCGUUGGAAAUGCACCGAGUGCUUGUUCAAGUUGAGGAUGUGAACGACAACGCGCCGCAGUUUCCUAACGCGAAUUCGUCACUGGAGAUAUCCGAGGCAGCCGCCCCCGGAACGCGGUUCCGCCUGGAGAGCGCGCACGAUCCCGAUGUGGGAAUUAAUUCUCUGCGCACGUACAGCCUCUCCACGAGCGACUAUUUUGUUUUGAACGUUGAAACAAAAAGCGACGGCAGUAAAUUUCCAGAGCUCGUUUUGGAGAAGCCUUUGGACCGUGAGGCGCAGGCCGCGUUCCGUCUUCUGCUCACUGCCGUGGACGGGGGACAACCGGAGAAAUCCGGGACCACCCUCCUGCUUAUUAAAAUCCUGGACGUCAAUGACAAUGCGCCAGUGUUUGACGAGCCGGUGAAAAGGGUUAGUCUUUUGGAAAACUCUCUUCCAGGAACGCUUGUGACGCAACUGAACGCCACUGACGUAGACUCUGGGAUAAAUGGUAAAAUAUCUUACCUAUUCAGUAAAUAUACUCCGGAAAGAACACUUAAAAUGUUCAGUGUGGAUUCUAAAACGGGGGAAAUCCGUGUUGUGGGGGAUGUGGAUUAUGAAGAAGCCAAUGUGUAUGACAUCACAGUCCAGGCCAGGGAUGGUGGCUCUCCUGCCAUGGAGGGGUCAUGCAACAUCAAAGUGGAAAUAAUCGAUGUGAAUGAUAACACCCCGGAGGUGACAUUAACCUCCCUCACCAGCCCUAUCCAAGAGGACGCUGAAAUUGGCACUGUUAUUGCUUUAAUCAGUGCGAAAGACUUGGAUUCGGGGGACAAUGGUAAAGUGACACUUCAGGUAUCUCAAGGUCUUCCAUUUAAGCUAAAAUCCGCCUUUGGGGAGCACUACACACUUGUAACUGAAGGACACCUAGACAGAGAAACGGUGGAGGAAUACAUCGUUGUUGUCACGGCAACUGACUCCGGCUCUCCUGCUCUAUCCUCUCAGAAAACUUUUGUGGUCCGUCUAUCUGACGUCAAUGACAAUGCUCCAGUGUUCUCGCAGUCUUCGUACUCUGUGGAUGUAGCUGAGAAUAACGCGCCUGGGACGCCAAUAGUGACCGUUGCGGCAUCAGACCCAGACGUUGGCGAUAAUGCACGUCUUUCGUACUCCAUUUUACCCACCACCAUCAACGGCAGCCCUGUAUCAUCAUACGUCUACGUGAACCCCGAGAACGGGAAUGUGUUCACCAUGCGCGCUCUGGAUUACGAGCAAAUGAACGCGUUCGAGAUCGAGUUGCAGGUACGCGAUGCUGGAACGCCGCAGCAAACAUCCAACAUCACCGUGCACGUUUUCGUGGUCGACCAAAACGACAACCCACCCAUCAUCCUUUAUCCCACCCACUCCGAAGACUCAGGGCUUCAGCUAACCGUUCCCCACUCUGCCCCCGUCGGGCAUCGUGUGAAUAAAAUUGUCGCCGUCGACCCUGACAGCGGCCACAAUGCCUGGCUGUUCUAUACCAUUGCGCCAGGGGACGUCUCCUCGCCUUUUAACAUCGACAUCCACACGGGCGAAUUGCGCAUUGCUCGGAAGCUCAUGGACGAUGAAUCGAGUGGCAAAACUAGCCCGGCCUACAAUUUCAUUGUGGUGGUACGGGACAAUGGCGAGCCGGCUAUGUCCACCAGCAUUUCAGUUACAGUUACCGUAGAAGAGAAGAGCGCAGACAAAUCCACAGACUUCCGAACGACAACAUUUUCACGCAAGGUGACAGGAAUGACAGAUGUUUCUCUGUACCUCAUCAUCUCCUUGGGAUGUGUAACCCUAGUGACUCUGCUGACCAUGGUGGUGGUUUUGGUACGGUGCGUCAGGCAUAAAGGUGGUUCGGGGUGCUGCUACUCUAGAACGGGCUUCCGUUCCAGGAACACCUACCAGCAUAGAACCCAUAAAGAUCUUCAUCUCAAACUAAACACUGAUGGACCCAUUAGAUAUAUGGAGGUGGUAGGAGGCCCUCAGGAACCCAACACACGGACCUACAGGCCUUGCUAUUCCACUCUCUCCAGCAGGAGUGACUUUGUGUUUGUCAAAACUCCCAUGUUGAGUCAUAACAACACACUAAACAUGACUUUGACUAGGCAGCACUUAAUGAACUCAACCAAUGAGCAGAAACCACCCAGUGCAGACUGGCGUUUCACCCAGAACCAGAGGCCUGGACCCAGCGGGGCUGCUGCCACUCCUGAGGUUGCCGUGGGAACAGGACCCUGGCCCAACCCCCCAACUGAGGCCGAGCAACUCCAGGCGCUGAUGGCCGCUGCCAAUGAGGUAAGUGAGGCGACAAACACUCUGGGACCGGGUACCAUGGGUCUGACCACCCGCUACAGCCCGCAAUUCACCCUGCAACAUGUCCCCGACUACCGGCAGAACGUCUACAUCCCCGGCAGCACCGCAACCCUGACCUCCAACCCCCAGCAGCCCCAGCAGGCCCUUCCACCGCCCCAGGCCUCCGCCGCCCAAGCCGAGCCACCCAAAGCCGCCCAAACCCCCGCCAGCAAGAAGAAGUCCACCAAGAAGGAGAAGAAGUAGAGAAGAUAAAGGAGGAGGAGGGGUGUAUAUAUGGAUAAGUUUAGUGUUCGGGAGCUUGACUCCUUCCUGUGGCAUCUGGGGGUUUGCCGGUUGUAACUAAUUGACUUACAGUAUGUCGAAGUAAACACACCUCUAACACUUGGUUUCCGUAGCGAUUAGUGCGUGUUUACUGCACAAGUACUGUAAAAAUACUUUUCACGUUGAAGUCCCGAUUCCUUUCAAUUUCCCGAACUCGCAGAAACACGUUUCAUUCUCACUUUUGCCAAGUUUAUACAACAUUAUAUUCCUGCAUAUAUCUAGCCAAUAAUGUGUUUAACAUGAUCAUGGUAAAGUUAAACUGUUCCAUGCACCGGAUGGAAAGCAGAAAUGUGUUAUGAUUUUUAUACCAAUCAUGCUGUUUUUAUUGUUUAUACAAAGACACAAUGACCAUGCAUUUCUUUACAUGCCCAGUAUGCUGUUGCAAUGUUUGCUAAAUGUAUCAUUAUUACUUGCAUCAUACCUUUUUUUUUAUAUGAAAGAAUUGCUUAAGAUUGUCGUUACCUAAAAUACCACUAUGGACUUUUCCUCUACGUCAGGUGAUCUUUGCUGCAUGCUGUUUUCAUUGCGCUAUAGAUAAAUCUACACGUCACAUGACGCCUACAAAUCUACAAAUCUCUCAUGGAUGUGACCUUUAAUGAAAGCCUGUUGUGUUCUCUUACAAGUACUCUUAAGAAUGGAUCCUGAGCCAGAGUUUUCGUUGUGACUCUUCGUGUCCCGGCCGUAAUGGGAGUAAGUCCACAGUGGUGGCCGUAUCUUCUGUAGUAUUCGGUAUUUUAUUCUGAUAAGUGUUGAAGUUCUCCAUCAGUGCUGGUUGUAAUGAUACUCAUUACAGGCAUCUGCUGUUUUAAAAUAAUGCUGAAAUAUUUCUUAAACUGUCCGUCCAUGAUGAAGCCGCCCUGUAAUAACAAUUCAGAUCCACAGGGGGUGAGAUAGACAAAACCUCUGUUCCCAAAUCUAGUGAGCUGCCUACUUAGACAGCAUUUUUAGGUGUCAUACUAGACACUACUCCAAAAUCAUGCUGUCUUUUAAGACAUCAUUUAUAGGCCACCUUCAAGAGUUGAGAGACGUUUUGAUGUCAAGUAUCAAUUGAAUUAGUAGGCAGCACACUGGCUAUUAGACGAGAGGGAAAAAUUGGAGUUAAAGGUCACUGAAUGUACAGUAACGACAGGUCAACCGUGUUCAUAUAGUCCAAACCGAACGAUUAAGACCAGAGUCAGCUGUUUGCGCAGAUGCCACUUUGGAAAUGAGGUGAAACUACUUACUGAUAAUCCAUCCAAAUACAAAUCUGCAGCUGUGUUCGUACCCUUGUUGGCGUGACACUCUUUUGUAAAUAGCAAUCACCCCUUAAAAACACAAACAAAACCUUUAUAACCUGCUCAAAGGAAUGGCUCACUACUGGAAUGUGUCACGUUAUUUUGCUUUUCAGAAAAAGAAAAAAAUGACUAUAAAAACACACAUUUGAAACACUAAGUACGUGUAGUUGUUAAGUAUAUGUGUAGUUAUUUAGUACGAUGAAGGCUAACUAACGCACCUGUAAAUAAAGAGUUUAACUUUUACUUACGGAAAUUAACAGUGACACUCUUAGUCUAGAAGUUGUGAUGUUAUGCAUAUAUUUUUGUGUUCAUCCUUUCUCCUGCCAUGUAAAGACAUCAUUUAGCGUGUCUCUGUUGUGCAUACAUGUGCGAAUGCUUCUUAAUGUCUAUAUGAAGAAUCUGAAUAGAUCUAUAUAUCUGUAUGUGUGUUCUGAUGCUGUAAUCUUGCUGUAACAUCUCUUAAAACGCUUUGAUUCCCAUCUCUUAAAACGCUUUGAUUCCCACCUCCUGUGUGCUACCUGCAUUUUAUAUGCUAAUAUUUAUAUUGCAGUUUUAUUUUUUUCUCUUCUUGACCACUGACAUUUCAAAUUAAACGUUCUCAAACCAUUCAUUCUGCCUGCAAAUGUAU